UUGACAUCACUAUCACUCGUAUUUUUCCCCGGAAUACCUUUUUAAGGUUAAAAUAACAUGUUCUGAAAUAAACACCAGAAAUAACCAAAAGUGAAAAAGUAAAUCUAAGUGAGAGGGAAGGGAGGGAGAAGAUGAUCGGAAGUGGGAAUAAGAUGAAACAGUACUCUAAUGUCCUCGACAAACCCCUUUCCAAGUCUCGACAAGAGGUGAGUUUGAGUGCAUUUGCAUAUUUGUUUUCAGAGAUUGUUCAAUACAAUCAAACCCAAGUUGAUAACAUUGGUGAGCUUGAAAGAAGAUUGGAGGAUGCUGGCUAUGCUGUUGGUGCACGUGUUCUUGAGCUACUUUGCCACAGGGAGAAGGGUAAUAGAAGAGAGACACGAUUGUUGGGCAUCCUGUCUUUCAUACACAGUACAGUAUGGAAGGUUUUAUUUGGAAAGGUAGCUGACUCUCUAGAGAAAGGCACUGAACACGAAGAUGAAUAUAUGAUCAGUGAGAAGGAGCUCUUAGUCAAUAGAUUUAUAUCUGUACCGAAGGACAUGGGAACCUUCAAUUGUGGUGCUUUUGUUGCUGGGAUAGUAAGGGGAGUUUUAGAUAAUGCAGGCUUCCCAGCUGUAGUUACUGCUCAUUUUGUUCCUGUGGACGGUCAACAACGACCUCGUACUACCAUUUUGAUCAAAUUUGCGGAAGAGGUCCUACGAAGAGAGGCAAGAUUAGGAUGAUUAUGAGUGUACGACUGUACGUUGUUUCAGUUUGAUAUUCAAGUAUGCUCGCUGAUUGAAAAGUUGAAGUUCAAACAAGAAAGUAGAGAUGGGUUAAGCAUGAAACUUUAUGUGGCCUCUAUUCAUGACAAAAUAACUCUGUUAUUUUUGCUGGAUUUAAUGUGCUUUCUUUAAAAUCUUGUGAGGCCAUUUGUGUGAAGGCUAAGUUGUAUGGGAUUAUGAGAAACAAUAAGCUAAGCAACAUAGUGAAACGAUAGGUUAAGCAAGAUAGUGUGGGAGUUCAAAACAGCAACAAUGAGAAUUUGUAGUUGUCCAUGUGUUCUAUAAUUGUUUACUCGAAUAGAAACAAACCUUCGAAGUGAGAUUUUUA